AUGAAAAGACACAAGUCCUCGUCAAAACGUGGAGAGGACAGAAUCAGGGUGUGCGUUAGAAAACGACCCGUCAUGAAAAGGGAAGUGAAAGCUUCAGAUAAAGAUAUUGUUGAUGCUGAGAGUACCACAACUUUAACUGUUAAUGAACCUAAAGUUGCUGUAGAUUUAAAACCAUAUUUAUUACAGCAUGAGUUUCGUUUCGAUGAAGUAUUUGAUGAGAAUUGUACCAAUGAUGAUGUCUAUGUUCGAGCAACCAGACCAUUAAUUAGCUGUUUAUUUGAGGGGGGUAGUGCUACAUGUUUUGCAUAUGGUCAGACAGGAGCUGGUAAGACACAUACCAUGAUGGGUAAUAAAGACACACCAGGACUGUAUCUACUAGCUGCUAAUGAUAUAUUUUCUCUCAUACAAUCUGGUAAAUAUGGCCGGGGGCUACACGUCUGGGUCAGUUUCUUUGAGAUAUAUUGUGGUCAACUGUUUGAUCUACUGAAUAAAAGAAACCGGUUACACCCUCGUGAAGAUGGUUCUCAUCGUGUCUGUAUAGCUGGUUUAACUGAAACAGAGGCAGUAGAUUCUAAUGUUCUUGUUGAGGUAUUAGAAUAUGGUAAUUCUGUAAGAAGUAAAGGUGCUACUGGCGUCAACCCUGAUUCUUCUAGAUCACAUGCAAUAUUACAGAUGGAAAUUAGAGAUGAUAAUGAUCAUAGGAAUGGAAGGAUCUCAUUUAUAGAUUUAGCAGGAAGUGAAAGAGCUGCAGAUGUUACUGAUACUGACAAACAAACCAGAUUAGAAGGGGCAGAAAUAAAUCAGAGUUUAUUAGCAUUAAAAGAAUGUAUCCGAUCAAUAGACCAAGAUUCCCGUCAUACACCAUUUCGUCAAAGUAAACUGACUCAUAUACUUAAAGAUUCUUUUGUUGGUAACAGUAAAACUUGUAUGAUAGCUAAUAUAUCACCAACACAAACAGCUUGUGAAAAUACCCUUAAUACACUAAGAUAUGCUGAUAGGUAA